AUGCCCGAGCGCUCCGGGCCAGGCCGGCUCCGGCUCCUGUUUCUGCUGCUGUUGCUCUCCGCCUCGGCGCAAGGGAAAGGCAAGGUGCUAGAUGAUGCAGACCAAGUGCGCAUGACCUCUGAAGGCUCCGAUUGCCGCUGCAAGUGUAUUUUGCGACCACUCAGCAAAGAUGCCUGCAGCCGCCUUAAGGAAGGCAAGAUGCGAGUGGAGGACUUCUACACAGUAGAGACGGUCAGCUCAGGCACCGACUGCCGUUGUUCCUGUACUGCUCCACCUGCCUCGCUCAACCCCUGCGAGAAUGAAUGGAAGAUGGAGAAGCUCAAGAAACAGGCACCUGAGCUUCUGAAGCUGCAGUCAAUGGUUGACCUUCUGGAGGGUACCCUAUAUAGUAUGGACAUGAUGAAAGUGCAUUCAUACAUCAACAAGGUGGUCUCACAGAUGAACACUCUUGAGGAGACUAUCAAGACCAAUCUGAGCCGGGAGAAUGACUUCAUGAAAGAGAGCGUCCUGCAUCUGAGCAACCAGAUGAAGCGCUACGAGAACUAUUCAGACAUCAUGAUGGGCAUCAAGAAGGAACUCUCCAGCCUGGGGUAUCAGCUGCUGCAGAAAGAUGCCGCUGCUGUGCCUGAGACCAAAGCGCAGGACACAUCUGGAGGAAAAGACAGGGACGGUGGUGGGAAGUACUCCGGCACUCGGAAGAACCUGGGGGACAAGGCUGUACUGAAGGCUCCCAAGGAGAAGCCACCCAAACCAGAGAAGCCAAGAAAGGAAAGUGCAAAGGGGCGGCUGGGACUGUCACCACCCACUUCCAAGCCCAGAUCAUCAGGGCACCAGCAAACUGUUAUCCGAGGUGUCACUUACUACAAGGCUGGACAUCGGGAAGAAGCAGAGGGGCUGGCGAGCAACCCUGAGAACCCUAUAAAGGGGGCACAGCAGAUGAAGCAGCAGGAAGGCAAAGACCCUGCAUUCCAACCAGCUCAGGAGGUACAGAACAGAGUUUGGGAAACCCCUACAACUCCCAGCACGACUGCAAGACCCAGCACCAGCACAACCCGGCCUCCCAUUACAAGCACUCCAAGUCCUCCAAGCACUGCUGUUCCCACAGAGGGACGUGGCGACAUCACUGAGGGGCCUGAAACCCCCAACCGUGUGCAUGAGGCAGCGUGUGAAGGUACCCUGGAGUCGGUGGAGGCUCCUGAGAAGCACCACAGCUAUGGACGCAAUGAGGGAGCUUGGAUGAAGGAUCCAGUUGCCAAAGACGACCGCAUCUACAUCACCAACUAUUACUAUGGGAACAGCCUGGUGGAAUUCCGCAACCUGGAGAAUUUCAAACAAGGGCGUUGGAGCAACUUGUACAAACUGCCCUACAACUGGAUCGGGACAGGCCACGUGGUGUUCCAGGGAGCUUUCUACUACAACCGGGCCUUCACCAAGAACAUCAUCAAGUACGACCUGCGGCAGCGCUAUGUGUCAGCCUGGUCCUUGUUGCAUGAUGUGGUCUAUGAGGAUACCACACCGUGGAAAUGGCGGGGCCACUCAGACAUCGACUUUGCUGUGGACGAGAGUGGCCUGUGGGUGAUCUAUCCUUCCGUGGAUUAUGACUAUUCCCAGCAGGAGGUCAUUGUGGCGAGCAAGCUGGACCCUAGUGAUCUGUCCAUCCAUAAGGAGACCACAUGGAAAACAGGCCUCCGGCGUAACUCCUACGGGAACUGCUUCAUCAUCUGUGGUAUCCUGUAUGCGGUGGAUGUGUAUGACACAAAGGAAGGGCAGGUGACCUACGCCUAUGAUACCCACACAGGCACUGAGGCUAACCCUAAGUUGCCCUUCAUUAAUGAUUUUGCAUUCACCACCCAAAUUGACUAUAACCCUAAGGAGAAAGUCCUCUAUGCCUGGGACAAUGGCCACCAGGUCACCUACAGACUGCACUUUGUUGCCUGAGGGCUUGGUCCUCCCUUGCCACCCCACAGAACAUGUGCUGGGAUAACAU